UUCCUUUAGUUCCAUUUCUCGUUCACUUCCUGUCUUUCACGUCCGUGGACUUGUCGCAAAAGAGACGUAACGACAGCGCACGAAUAUGGGUUUCCAAAAUAUUUGGUAUUCACAUCCACGAAAAUACGGUCAAGGAUCUAGAUCCUGCCGCGCUUGUGCAAACAGACACGGGCUUAUUCGCAAAUACGGUCUGAACAUCUGCCGACAGUGCUUCAGAGAAUAUGCAGCAGAUAUUGGUUUCAAGAAGCUGGAUUAAAUGUAACGUAGGAAUAAUUCAAGCAAUUCAUCGACAAAUCACUAUGAUUUCGAUCGCAACAUCCUUAAAUUGACAUGAAAAAUGGAGAUUGUAACAUCUGGCACUCGACAUUCUUGAAAUGAAUAUAUUUAUAUCUGUAUAAUCCAAUA